AUGAGACCCCAAAAGGGAGCACCUAGGAACAGCAGCACAGUGACUGAGUUCAUCCUCGUGGGCUUUGAGCAGAGCUCCCCUUCCACCCGGGCAUUGCUCUUCACCCUCUUCCUGGCUCUCUACAGCCUCGCCAUGGCCAUGAAUGGCCUCAUCAUCUUCAUCACGUGGACUGACCCCAGGCUCAGCAGCCCCAUGUACUUCUUCCUUGGACACCUGUCUUUCCUGGACAUCUGCUUCAUCACCACCACCAUCCCACAGAUGUUGCUCCACCUGGUGACCAAGAAUCACACCGUCUCCUUUGCCUCCUGUUUGACUCAGAUGUACCUUGUUUUUGGUGUGGGCGUGGCCGAGUGCAUCCUCUUGGCUUUCAUGGCCUAUGAUCGUUAUGUGGCCAUCUGCCACCCACUGAACUAUGCCCAAAUCAUGAGCCAGAAGGUGUGUAUCAGGCUCGUGUGUUCUUCCUGGAUCUUUGGGAUGGUCAAUGGCAUCCUUCUUGAUUACAUGACAUUCCGAGGUCCAUUCUGCAGAGAGAACCACAUAGAAAACUUCUUCUGUGAGGCUCCCAUAGUGAUUGCCCUUUCCUGUGGGGAUCCUGAGUUCAGUCUGAAGGUGAUCUUUGUGGAUGCCAUUGUGGUGUUGCUCAGUCCCAUGAUGCUCAUCGUCACUUCCUAUGCCCGCAUCCUGGCCUCCAUCCUCCGCAGGGCCUCCUCCUCAGGUAGGGGAAAGACCUUUUCCACUUGUGCCUCCCACCUGACCGUGGUUGUCUUUUUCUACACCUCAGCCAUGUUCUCUUACAUGAAUCCCCGCAGUACGCAUGGGCCUGACAAAGACAAGCCUUUCUCCCUCCUCUACACCAUCAUCACCCCCAUGUGUAACCCCAUCAUCUACAGCUUCCGCAACAAGGAAAUGAAGGGGGCCAUGGGGCGGGCUCUUGGGAGAGGCAGCCUGGCUCAGGCAGAGUCUUUUUAG